AUGAUGAUGAACACUAAACUUUUCGUUUUGAUUACUCUUAUUGCUUCCUGCUUUGCUGCUCUUACAAGAGGUAAGAGCUUUUCGUGUUUACCUAAACUCAGGGUUGUACGGGAAGGGCACCGGGAAAGGGGGGAGCUGAAAUUUCAAAAAAUAUUUUUGAUCUAUGUACCUUGAGAAAAUUUGAAAAAACAAUUGAAUCUACGAAUUCUGCGCUCAACAAAAUUUGAGAAAAUAAUUAGGUUUCAAUAUUUGAAGCUUCCCUGAGUGACUCCGGAAUUUUUUAAAUUUGAAAACGGGAUGAAUAGCGCAGGCGGUUAGUUGUCGGACUUCCGAUUUGAAGAUGCCAGUUCGACCUUCCCUUGCGGCAGAAUUUUUUUUUCAUUUUCUGCCCGCGGGCUCUUGUAAAGCUCAACAAUUUUUUUUUAAAUUUCAGACGAAAUUUUCCAACGUGCCGUCGGACCAUGUAUCAAUGACAACUGUCAAUCUAAACACGUUUGCUAUUAUGGGCAAUGUGUACCAGAAGGAAUCUCACCACCAAUGGCAGCUAUUGAUUUGAGUAAGUUCAAAACCCCCCUCUUUUGAUCUAAUCAAGAUAUACUGAAUAAUUCAGGCACCGCUGUUGGAAAAUGUCAAUUCGGAGGAUUGUGCACAGCUGAAAAUACCUUCUGCCAUCAAGGAAACUGCUAUCCUUUCUGA